GCCCAGUAUAUAAAGGACCGGGGAGGUGUGUUGGGUGCACACUUCCUCUCUCCCAGCCACUAGAAUGCGCCUCUUGCUGGUGUUCGCAGUGGUUGUAGCUGCAGCUGCAGCUCAAAUCAAUCAAAGAAGACCCGGCCAAACUAACAAUCGCGUGCAUAACAACCAAAGACCACACAAUCAACAACCCCAGAAUCAACAACAACCCCCACAAAAGGCAGACAGUCAAAAAGGCACACUCCUGUCCCUCCCUGAACCCCAACUCUGUGCUUCCCGACCUAAGCAGUGGAAUUUCAACGGACACAAUUACUUCUUCUCGUGGGACAAUGAGGGAGAAGGUUUCUACGAGCUCGCAGGAGAAACCCAAGGCAGAAAGGUAAACUGGUUGGAAGCUCGUAACGAAUGUCGACGCCGCUGUAUGGACGCCGUCAGCAUGGAGACAGAAGCCGAGAACAACAUGAUAUUCCAGUUCAUACAAGACCGUAACCUCUCUUACAUCUGGACAUCUGGUCGCCUGUGUGACUUCACUGGGUGUUCUGAACGAAAAGACCUUCAUCCUAUCAACAUUUAUGGUUGGUUCUGGUCCAACACCAACACCAAGAUGGCCCCCACUAACUCCACUCCCCCUGGCUGGGCCGCUCAGCCGUGGAGCCCCGCGGGCCACACUGGCGGACCCCAGCCUGACAACGCUGAGUAUGAUAUCAACCAGACGUCCGAGUCCUGCCUGGGCGUCCUAAAUAAUAUUUACAAAGAUGGCAUUAAGUGGCACGAUAUUGCGUGCUACCACAAGAAGCCAUUUGUGUGUGAAGACAGUGAUGCCCUUCUGGACUAUGUUAAAGGAACCAACCCAACUAUCAUUUUGUAAGCUGCUGACAGCGAUACUCCAUUGUUUACCUUGUCACGAGAGACACACGGCAAUGUAACGAUUAAUCAAAAACUAAGAAACGACAGCCAAAUUCAAAAGACCGAAUUGAAGCGUUUUUAAAUAACUAUUCCAAACUAUGUAAAAUUUACUGCAACUUAUUAAUGUCACUCUGUUAGGUUUAGUGAACCUAAGCUUCACCGCCAGUGAGAAAUUUAUCAACGUGAUGUAUUUUGUGGCUGUAUGACAACUAGAGUAAUACAGUAGCUUGUAACUUACAAUCCAUACAAAGCUUUUGGAGAUAUAUGUCUGUCAGUUGCAUGUGCCAUUCACAAAAUUUUGUAUUUAUCGAAAAAAGGUAAUAUAUAUAUAUAUAUAUAUAUAUAUAUAUAUAUAUAUAUAUAUAUAUAUAUAUAUAUAUAUAUAUAUAUACGGUAUAGCCCAAAAGUGAAGAGAGUGACUUGGUGACAAUCUACAGAGCCUUUUCACCUAAUGGAUGAUGAAUUCAUCAAGUGAUUAAAACCCAUCUACUGUACAGUAGUAGAUUACGCUUUCAUCUAGUAGGUGACGCUAUCAACUAGUAGGUGAAACAUUAAUAAGGUGGUUGUUCCAUAAGACCAAUGUUGUUGAAGUAGUUUGCUCUUCUUUACUGUCCUGAACACUAGUAUUUAUUAUGUGAUACAAUACAAUAUUACUAUAAUUAUGUUGUGUACAAUAAAACAAGUUAUAUA